AUAGUGGUGAAAAUGCAAUCAGAGUCACAGCCAACACGUCCGCCACGACUGACCCGUACUUCAAGUAAAGACGCGACGUCUGUCAUAAAAGGAGGUCUAUUAAUGUCAGUGAUUCGGACACUGACCUCAUCGCGAGACUCGAGUGAUAGGGACAGAGAGAAAGCAAACUUAGAGCGAGAAUUCAAAGAGUGUGACCACAAGUUGUCUGAACUGGUGGUCUCACACCAUCACGACUUGUUUCAAGUGAUGUCCGCUUUUUCAAAGAUAUCACAACGUUUGAAACAAUCGCGAGAACGAGUGGUCGUCACAAGAGAUAAACUGCAAACGUGUCAGAAAUUACUUCAUUGCAAACGCGAUGAACUCAAGAAGUUAUGGUUGGAGUCCAUCGAGAAUAAAGUAGUUCUCGAGUUAUUGGAUAGAGUAGAGACAAUGAUGACUGUUCCGCAAAAUGUUGAUCAAUAUAUACAACGUAAACAUUAUCUUCACGCCACUCGACUUGUGGUGAACUCAUUGAAACAAAUGGACACCGAUUUGGUGGAUGUGGAUGCGCUUAAAGAAGUAAAGUCCGAUUUGAUUGAUAAAAAAGAGUCGUUAUAUGAGUUAAUUGUCGAUGAAUUACACAAACACUUAUAUAUCCGAUCGACAACUGAUUUGAUAAAACGAUUCAAACGUCACGGAUCUGUAAGACAUACUUCAGACAACACUCCGGCCCGCAAAAUGUCUGUCGCAGACAUAUUAUCGCCGGCACUUCAGAUUGGAGUUAAUAAAAAACAACGAAUACAAUCGAUGUCACAAAUAGGCUUAACAUCUGAUGACUCUAUCGAAGAGGACAUUAAUGUUAGCGAUCCGGAAGAGGACAGCAAAAAAUUUAUAUCUAUUUUAAUCAAAUGUUUGGCACUAUUAAACAAAAUUCCGGAGUCUAUAGACAUAAUUAAGGAAAGAUGUGAUAAAGAGUUGACAAAUAUGGCUAAGCGAACGGGUCGUGAACUGACUGCCGAUGCACCGGAACCUUCAUCUGAGUGGACGGCCGAUAGCAAAACGAUUCCUUAUGUCUUAAAUUCUUCAUCACUAUUAGGAAAUUACGAAAACAAACAAAAAACAUCACAUAUUUUACAGAAUUAUUUUGAUCUUUUGUUUCAACAAUACCGGACAGUUGUCUUUUUGCACGAUUCAGUGGUUUUAGCUAAUCUUCAACGACUAGAAAUGGAUAAAAGUUUUAAUAUUGAAAUUAAUAAUUUAUAUACAAUUCCUGAUAUUUGGACUAAAGUUCAGAUAAUACUUCAAUAUGUUAUGGACUUAUAUUUAGAUACAAGUGGUGCUCAUACCAGUGCUAAAGCAAAUCAUACGACUAAUCAAUCGACGACAUCGACUAAUGCAGUACCGGCUGAUUUGUCGUCAUAUUUUGUUAAAAGGAGAGGUAUUACAGCAGCUGUGACUACAUUUAAAGCAAAGAAAGCGCCGUUAUUUAGAUUUGAGGACUCGUCGCACGCAAUAUCAUUAAAUGCAUAUUUAGCCGAACAAAAGGAAACUCUAAAAGAUAAAAAUGAAAACGAAGCCGAAGAUAACAUGGACUCAAUUGACUUUACUCUAAACACAUCAGAUAAAUAUAUUGUAUAUCCGCCACAACCGGACAACAUUGUUGUCAUAUUUAAUCCAAUGAUAAAAUUUAUUCGAGAGAUCGAAGACGAACUUGAACUCGAAGAUGGAAAUCAUUGUUUACUUUAUUUAUAUUUAAUUUCGUCUGCAAAAAGUUAUUGCAAUCAAAUAACACACGAUUUGGAGCGUACAAUGGAUUUGGCGAAUAAAAGUUUAGAUAUUUGGAAAUUACAAACAGAUUCCGAGGUUUUAUCUAAUUUAGGUCUUAACCGACCUAUUCUUCACAGUACAGCAAUGAUCGAUAGAGCCGUUUUUGAUUUGAAAAACUUGAUGUUUGCGCUGCCAUUAUUUGCUGACGAUUUUCUUACUCUUAUCUGUAAUUUAUUAUCCAAUUAUAAAGAGAUAUGUUUUUCCGCUUAUAAGGGUAUAGUACAGCCCGAACCCGAAGAUAAACGAAUUAUAUCCGCCACGUGGGCUAAGGACGAGGAUAUUAAUAGAUUCCUUAAAUCAUUGCCCAAUUGGUCCACUUUAUUGAGUGCUCAGUCAGAAAAACAACGAAAACCUCACAUCCGAAUGCUAUCACAGGAAUCUCGUAUGACUUUUGAUGAGUCACCUGAAGAGGUUAGACUAAGAAAUAUGAGGGAAUCGGAAAUAUUGACGAGUAAUUUGUCACAAGAAUCUUCAAUACCUAAUCAUGAAAUAUUAUCAGAUGUGGUUCAGCUUAGAAUACUGGGUCAACUCCACCAAUCAAUGGAAUGGUUAGGCAAGAGAUGCGAUGAGUUAGUUAACUCAUUACCACAAUCAAGUGAUGGCAGCUUUUUGUCACCGUCUGUAACCGAACCUAAAUCUAACUAUGAAUUUAUGCCAUUAUCUGAUGUUUCAAUUGCAACCCUUAAUCAAUUGUCUCGUGAUUUUGAAGAGUUAGCUGAGACGUGUUUACUUGUCCUACAUUUGGAAGUACGUGUUCACUGUUUUUAUCAUAUAUUACCGAUAUCUCAAAGUUCAUUCGCUAUGGGUAUCGACACACAAGAACCCGACCCAGAAGUGAUCCGAUUGAAUAAAGACUUAUCUGCUAUUAAUGAGGCACUGGAUGUUGUUUUAGAGCCGUGGAAAUUAAGAUACAUCUUUGAAGGUGUGGGACAUUUGGUGGCAACUAUUCUUAUAAAUACAACAAAUAAUAUAAAGAGAGUCAAUAGUAAUGGCGUCAAAAAGAUGUGUCGAAAUAUAUUUGCAAUACAACAGAGUUUGACCACAAUUACAAUGAGUCGCGAAGUGGCGCUCGACUACGCGCGUCAGUACUUUGAACUCUUUUAUCACACCAUCGAUGAAAUACUUACGAUAAUUGUUGAAAAGGGCGCACAGUUUCAGCUCAAUGAAUACAUGUCUGCCAUUACUUUAUUACACAGAAGUAUCACCGGUAGGGAUCAACAGUCACUUGAUUCGGCCAUUAAAAGAUUGACUGAAAUCCUUAACGAAGUGGCAGUUUCUUUAUAA